AUGCGCUUCCUCACUGCUGUCACCAGCUUCUUGUCUGUAGCCGCAGCGGCGACUCUCGGCAAACGUGCCGUGACGCCUGGCACCCUCUCCCAAGUCACCUCAUUCGGUGCUGCGCCUACCAAAGCGGGCUUCUAUAUCUAUGUGCCCAAGAAGCUUGCGGCCUCACCAGGAGUCAUCGUUGCUAUUCAUUACUGCACUGGAUCAGCGCAAGCAUACUACACUGGCAGCCCUUACAAGACGUUGUCUGAACAGUAUGGCUUCAUUGUCAUCUACCCAUCUUCCCCUCAUGAGGGUACUUGCUGGGAUGUUAGCAGCAAGGCGACGCUUAGCCACGAGGGUGGAGGAGACAGCAACACCAUUGCCAACAUGGUCAAGUGGACUGUCAGCCAGUACAAGGCGGAUGCUUCCAAGGUCUUCGUUACCGGUUCCAGCAGUGGCGCUAUGAUGACCAACGUCAUGGCAGCAACCUACCCUGAACUCUUCAAGGGCGCCAUUGUCUACUCAGGUGUAAGCGCCGGCUGCUUCGUCUCUGCAUCGGGUGGUGUCGACGCCUGGAACAGCACCUGCGCUCAGGGUAACUCUAUCGCCACCCCUGCAGCCUGGGCCAAUGUUGUCAAGAACAUGUACCCCAGCUACACUGGUGCUCGUCCCAAGAUGCAGAUCUACCACGGUAGCGCAGACACUACCCUUCGCCCGCAGAACUACCAGGAGACGAUGAAGCAAUGGGCUGGCGUUUUCGGCUACGACUACAACAAGCCGCAGAGCACAAAGGCCAAUGACCCCCAAAGCGGUUACACGAGGACUAUCUAUGGUCCUAAUGUCCAGGGCAUCUAUGCACAGAAUGUUGGACACACCGUGCCUAUUCGGGGCGCGGACGACAUGAAGUUCUUCGGCUUUGCCUAG